AUGAAUUAUUCUGAAAUGACUCCGCCCAAUUGCCAGGGUGCAAAUCCUCAUCAUAAGUUUUCAACAUGUGACCCAAGAUUGUUACAGAACACUCAAUCUCCAAAACUUUCAAAAGAUUCCGUCAGAGGUGAUACAAUUUUUAGAAAGCUAAUUGGUCAAAACAGAAAUUGCAGUCAAAACUCAGAACGACUUUCAUUUGAAUCUCGAACAAUCCUGUUCGAUAAAUUAAGAGAAUCAAACUCAUUAUAUUUUCAAAAUAAUAGUAUGACCCUUUCAACCAUCCAUAAAUGUUUUUAUGAUCAACCACUAGAAUUAGAAGCAAUACGAAGACCAAGAGACUUAUUCCCCACUCUUAUGGAUCACACACCCGAUAUUGAACAUGUUAGAGAUAUAAUCAAAUCAGUCCGAGUUCAAUUCAAUCAAAUUAAAGCCAGUGAGUUGAGAGAUGGACAGCAACAUAAAUCAAAACCAUUUGAUUCUAAGGAGAUGUUUUCUAAUAAACCAUUGCCUGGAAAUUAUGCAAAAGCGUCUGUGUUUGGUAAGCGGAAGAAUAAGCUGAGAAGAAUCCCUGCAUCUAUGAAGUUGAUGUCUAUAAAUUCAUACUUGGUUGAAAAUUCAAUUGGUGAAGACGGUUUAGAUCAAAAGGAAGUUCAAUUGAAAAUUGAUAAUAUUAAAGGAGAAAUUAAAAAGUUAGAAGUUGAAAUUAGAGAAGAUCCUUUGAAUGAAGAUUUUGCAUUAAAGAAAAGACAAUUGAAGAAGGAAUUGGACGAACUUUUGAAGAAGAAAAUGAAAUUGUUAAUUUGA